AUGUUGGAAACAAUUGAUACACAUCGGGUCCUCCAGGCCAUGGAGCGCUUACAGGCAAAACUUCGGGAUCGAGGUGACAUUGCAAACGAGGAGAAACUGAGCUUAUUAAAAUCAGUGCUGCAGAGUCCUCUCUUUAACCAAAUUCUCAACCUUCAGACUUCUGUUCAACAACUGAGAGAUCAGGUAAAUAUUUCACCUUCCAUACAUUCCACUGGUGAAUUCCCCCAGCUUCUCCAUCAUGGUGUGAACGUGGGGUCCUUGCCACAUAAUGAGUCAUAUUUGUUGGCUCAGCAGAAUGGCAGCCCAGCUAAUGUCCUAGAAGCAUCGAUGCAAUCCAUUACUCCUCAGAUUAAUGGGAAGUCCUCUAGUGAUGACUUUGAGCAGCUGAUCAGAAAUAUGUCCCAGGGUCGUCUUGUUGAGACCAUUGAGCUUAUUAAACCUUUAAGUGGUGGUCUGGGCUUUAGUGUUGUGGGACUCAAGAGUGAAAACAGGGGAGAACUAGGAAUAUUUGUGCAAGAAAUCCAGGAGGGAAGUGUGGCACAUAGAGAUGGAAAGCUGAAGGAAGCAGAUCAAAUCCUUGCUAUUAAUGGACAAGCCCUUGAUCAGACAAUUACGCAUCAACAGGCUAUCAGCAUCCUACAGAAAGCAAAAGAUAAUGUCCAGCUAGUUGUGGCCAGGGGCACUUUCCCUCAGCUCAUCAGCCCUGUAGUUUCCCGGUCUCCAUCUGCUGCUAGCACAGUUUCAGCCCAUUCCAACCCGGUUCACUGGCAGCAUGUGGAGACCAUUGAGUUGGUGAACGAUGGCUCAGGUCUGGGAUUUGGGAUAGUGGGAGGAAAGUCAACUGGAGUGAUUGUCAAAACCAUCCUCCCAGGAGGAGUGGCUGAUCAGCAUGGGAGAUUGUGUAGUGGAGACCACAUCUUGAAAAUUGGUGAUACGGACCUGGCUGGAAUGAGCAGUGAGCAGGUGGCACAAGUUCUGAGGCAGUGUGGAAAUCAAGUGAAACUGGUAGUUGCAAGAGGUCCUAUUGAGGAGCCACCUCCACCAGCGGUCCCUCCAGGUACACCAGUACCCAUCUCCAUACCAGCAAAACAGGCAGGUGCUUCUGUUGAUAGCUGUGAAGAUGGGGAGAAAUUUAAUGUUGAACUCACUAAAAACAACCAGGGAUUAGGAAUAACUAUUGCUGGUUACAUUGGAGACAAAACGUCAGAACCUUCUGGUAUCUUUGUGAAAAGCAUUACAAAAGGCAGUGCUGUUGAACAUGAUGGCAGAAUCCAUGUGGGAGAUCAAAUUAUCGUUGUGGAUGGAACAAAUCUUCAGGGUUUUACGAACCAGCAAGCAGUUGAUGUUUUGCGGCACACGGGACAAACAGUUCGGCUCACUUUGAUCAGAAGAGGACUUAAGCAGGAAAAUCAUAUUCAGCCCCAGGAGGACUUCAGUGCUGCUGUUGAAAAGAACUUACUGUUCCAAACAAUGGAUAGUAGCACAGCCAAAGGUAACAGUGAAAUAGAACAGGGAUCCCCAUCACUGCCAUGCAGUGCCAGUGCGGUAAAUAUUGGAGAGGACAUGAAACAACAGGAAACAGAUUUCCAGCUAACUACUACAGAAGAAGCAGCUGUGAAGGCAAAGUGGCAGAGAAUUAUGGGUUCGAAUUAUGAAAUAGUGGUGGCUGUAGUUAACAAAUUUAGCGAAAGCAGUGGGUUAGGAAUAAGCCUUGAAGCUACAGUGGGACAUCAUUUCAUCAGAUCCAUCUUACCGGAGGGGCCAGUUGGACGAAGCGGAAAGCUGUUCAGUGGAGACGAGCUGCUGGAAGUGAAUGAGAUCUCUUUGCUUGGAGAAAACCACAAGGAUGUGGUCAGUAUCUUGAAAGAACUGCCUAUUAAGGUGACAAUGGUGUGCUGUCGUCCGGUAGCUCCCCCCGUCACUCACCCAGAAGUACUGGAGAGUCUAAGUCUAUCUGAGGUUCAGCUCACGGAAAAGGCUCACAUAGAACUUGGAUUCAUCGGCUCCUCGGACACAGAGGGAACAGCUUUGGAAAUAGCUGAUGAGGGUCAGAGUAUGGAAGAAGUGCAAAGCUCAUCCUUGGCAAUGUGGGAAACAGAAGUACAGCACAUUGAGCUGGAGAAAGGAAGUAUGGGACUUGGAUUUAGCAUAUUGGACUACCAGGAUCCUGUUGAUCCAGCAAACACUGUAAUUGUGAUUCGCUCAUUAGUUCCUGGGGGUGUGGCCGAGCAAGAUGGCAGACUUCUUCCUGGAGAUCGGCUUAUGUUUGUCAACGAUAUCAACUUGGAAAAUGGCAGCCUGGAGGAAGCAGUACAAGCACUGAAAGGAGCACCAGCAGGAACAGUUAAAAUAGGAGUUGCCAAACCACUGCCUCUUUCAUCAGAGGAGGGCUAUGUCUCUGCUAAGGAAGAUUGUUUUUUCUACAUUGCCCAGUCACUUGAGGAGGAGGGGCCAGCUGAUGCAGCCCUCUUCCAUGCUGAGCUGGCUUUGGUGGACUCCGGUGAGGCAGAUCUAGUGGAUGAGUCCACCUUUGAAUCGCAGUAUUCGCUAGAGAGUGACGUCUUCCAGGCUUCAAUGAUAGGUCUGCGUGGCAGUGCUUGUAGCGGUGAGCUGAACUACAGCUUCUCUCUUCCGUUGUCAACUCCCAAGUCUGUUGGAGAGGAAUGUUCAAAUACUGCAGCUGAUUUUCAUGUAUCUGACAAGAACCUCUACAACAUGAAUUUGAAUCAGAGAGUGAGAGAGCAAAAGCCCACAGUGGGCGAUAGUCUGGAAACUACAACUGGUUUUACUAAAAACGAUCUUCUACCUCUGGAUGCUUCAGAUAUCAACCAAAAGGAAAGUGAAAACACGGCAACAUGGACUGAGUCUGAAACAACAGCAGAAUCUGCACUAAGUACAAGCAUUGCUACUACCGUGCAGCUUGAUCCAACUGGAAAAGAUCAAGUGCUUUUAAUGGAAAAGAGAUGCCCAGUAUCUUUGGAGGGAAGUUCCACAACCCCAAAUUCAGUCAAGAACAUGUAUGAGAAGACAAUCACUAUUGCAAAAGGCAAUUCAAGUCUAGGGAUGACAGUAAGUUCCAAUAAAGAUGGCUCAGGAAUGAUAGUCCGCAGCGUCAUCCAUGGAGGCUCAAUCAGUCGUGACGGACGGAUUGGUGUGGGGGACUGCAUCCUGUCCAUUAAUGAAGAGUCAACCACUAACUUAACCAAUGCACAAGCCCGAGCUAUGCUAAGAAGGCAUUCACUCAUUGGACCAGAUAUAAAAUCUUCUCCAGCACCUGCUGAUGAUCAGGCCCUCUCUUAUGUUAUUACAUAUGUGCCAGCAGAAAAUUUAGAUGAGUACAGGGCCAGUUUGGGACAACAGACAGAAGGAGCUGUGCCAUUUGAACUUUUUCCUUCACAUACUGUCAGGGAACUCCCAGAGCUUCCAGAACGUGAAGAGGGGGAGGGAGAAGAAAGUGAACUUCAAAAUGCAGCUUUCAAUAACUGGAACCAGCCCAGAAAGGUUGAACUCUGGAGAGAGCCUAGCAAGUCACUGGGGAUCAGCAUUGUUGGAGGACGAGGGAUGGGGAGCCGCCUGAGUAAUGGAGAAGUGAUGAGAGGGAUCUUUAUCAAGCACAUCCUCGAAGACAGCCCAGCCGGCAAAAAUGGAACACUGAAAACCGGUGAUCGAAUUGUGGAGGUGGAUGGAAUUGACCUCAGAGAUGCCAGCCAUGAACAAGCUGUGGAAGCCAUACGGAAGGCAGGCAAUCCUGUAGUCUUUAUGGUACAGAGCAUUAUAAGCAGACCAAGGCCAGAGUCUCUUUAUAGCCCUUCUUCAGCUUCUGCUCCCUGUGGGCAGAAAACUACUAACCCAUUUUAUCAUCAGUCAUCUAAGAACCCUUCCCUGCCUUUGCCACAGAACAGUCUUUUCUGUAGGCCAGCUGUCUUCAGCAGCACUAACCCGUUUGCUGAUUCUUCUCAGUUCAACACUAACAAGGAGGUAUCGAAUCCAAUUAGGGUUACCUUCCGUUGUUCCCCAACUAACCCUUUUGCUCCCACACCAUUCAAGGCAUUUGGUCAGUCCGAUUUAGAGCCAGAAAAGACUUCGCAUUGUAACUUGCCUCUGCCCCCUCCUUCAGGAUUUUCAGGAAUGAGCUGUGAUGUUGCACAGUCAGCUUCUAGCAGAGUCCCAGAGAAUGUGGAGAAGGAGGAUGAGUUCGGUUACAGCUGGAAAAAGAUCGUGCAGCGCUAUGGAAAUCUGCCGGGGGAGCUACACAUGAUUGAGCUGGAAAAAGGGAGGACAGGUCUGGGACUUAGUCUUGCUGGUAACAAAGACCGAUCCAGGAUGAGUGUCUUUAUAGUGGGAAUUGAUCCAAAUGGAGCGGCUGGCAAAGAUGGCAGGUUACAGAUUGCAGAUGAGUUACUAGAGAUAAAUGGGCAAAUACUCUACGGAAGGACUCAUCAGAAUGCUUCCUCAAUAAUCAAAUGUGCACCAUCUAAAGUAAAAAUAAUCUUUAUCAGAAAUAAAGAUGCAGUAAAUCAGAUGGCUGUUUGCCCUGCAAAAUCAGUAGAGGCUUCACAGUGUACUUCAGGGACACUUCAAUGUCAAGAGAUUGAUAUCAGUGCUGCAAACGCCAGUGCUUGUACUGACUUCAGUUCCUGUAAAAACAUUCAGUAUGUGGAACUCCCUAAGGAUCAAGGAGGCUUGGGAAUUGCCAUUAGUGAAGAAGACACAAUUAAUGGAGUAGUUAUUAAGAGCUUAACAGAUCAUGGUGCAGCAGCAAAGGAUGGACGAAUCAAAGUUGGAGAUCACAUCCUGGCAGUGGAUGAUGAAAUUGUUGUGGGAUAUCCAGUAGAAAAGUUUAUUAGUCUCCUGAAGACAUCUAAAACUAUGGUGAGGCUUACAAUCAACUCAGCAGAGACAGGUAAUCUGACUGCAGCACCAGUCCCUUCCAGCACUGCCCCAGCAGAGAGGAGGAAUAUGCAGCCACCAGCAACUGUCCCUUCUUCCAGCUCACCAGAACCAGAAGCAGUCAAAAAUACAAGCAGAUCUUCAACUCCAGCCACGUUAGCCUCUGACCCAGCUACUUGUCCCAUCAUUCCUGGAUGUGAAACAACCAUUGAUAUCUCCAAAGGACGGACAGGUCUUGGUCUGAGCAUUGUUGGAGGAGCAGACACUUUGCUGGGAGCAAUUAUUAUCCAUGAAGUAUAUGAAGAAGGAGCAGCAUCUAAAGAUGGGAGACUGUGGGCAGGGGAUCAGAUAUUAGAGGUGAACGGGAUUGACCUCAGGAAUGCAACACACGACGAAGCAAUUAAUGUCCUCCGACAGACUCCUCAAAAAGUUCGUCUGACUGUGUACAGAGAUGAGGCCCAGUACAAGGAGGAAGACAUGUAUGAUGUACUAAAUAUAGAGCUCCAAAAGAAGCCUGGCAAAGGCCUUGGUCUGAGUAUUGUUGGGAAAAGAAACGAUACGGGGGUGUUUGUGUCAGACAUCGUCAAAGGAGGAAUAGCAGAUACAGAUGGGAGAUUGAUGCAAGGAGACCAGAUAUUGACAGUGAAUGGAGAAGAUGUUCGAAAUGCUAACCAAGAGGCUGUUGCAGCUUUGCUAAAGGUAUUGGAAAAAGAGAAGUGUUCAUUAGGUACGGUAAGACUAGAGGUCGGAAGAAUAAAAGCUGGUCCAUUCCACUCUGAGAGGAGAACAUCCCAGAGCAGCCAGGUCAGUGAAGGAAGUGGCAGUCUCUCAUCGUUCAGUUUCCCGGUUUCUGGGUCCAGCGCACCUGAGGUCUUUGAAAGUGGUCUGAAGAAGAAUACCACAGCUUCUGAAAUACAGGGAUUAAGAACAGUUGAAAUAAAAAAGGGCCCUGCAGAUUCACUAGGAGUGAGCAUUGCUGGAGGUGUAGGAAGUCCUCUUGGAGAUGUUCCUAUAUUUAUUGCCAUGAUGCAUCCGAAUGGAGUUGCAGCUCAGACUCAGAAACUCAGAGUUGGGGACAGGAUUGUUAGCAUCUGUGGAACAUCUACUGAUGGCAUGACUCACUCCCAAGCUGUUAGUCUCUUAAAAAAUGCUUCAGGCACUAUUGAGUUGCAGGUUGUAGCUGGAGGAGAAGUAAGUGUCAUAACUGGUCAGCAGCAGGAUCCACCUACGUCCAAUCUUUCAUUUGCAGGACUAACUUCAACCAGCAUUUUUCAGGAUGAUUUAGGACCUCCUCAGUACAAGACUAUUACUCUGGAUAGAGGACCAGAUGGACUAGGCUUUAGUAUUGUGGGCGGUUAUGGCAGUCCACAUGGAGACUUACCCAUUUAUGUGAAGACAGUGUUUGCAAAGGGUGCAGCAGCAGAAGAUGGACGCCUGAAGAGGGGGGAUCAAAUCAUUGCUGUGAAUGGGCAGAGUUUAGAAGGGGUGACCCAUGAGGAAGCAGUGGCUAUUCUGAAAAGGACAAAAGGAACAGUCACUUUGACUGUUUUGUCGUGAACUGGCUGCCCAAAGGGGUAGGGUCAAUAAGACUAUAUUACUUACAUUCCGCAUAGCAAAGAGUAUGGAAAUGUUUAUAUAGCCUUCUUGCUCUUCCAGCUUCACAGGACUGUGUUACAACACUGAAGAAAAAUAACAUUUAACCAUAUUUUUGUAUACAGUAGAAGUAUUUCUCUCACUGUCAAACCACUGGGAUGGAGUUAUGUCAACUAUGGAAAGACAUAGAUGUUUUUCCUGUUAGUAUUAUAAUGAGUGCUUGUAAGCCACCAAAAAAAAAAAAAAAAGGAAUAUUUGCAUUAAUAACCACACAACAAAACUGGAAUGUUUUGCUAAGAGGCUUUGGAUAUUUGAAGUAUGUUGGAAAAAUGAUAAAGCCACCAAGUCAACAAGGGAGUGGCAUGGGCCGGAGUAGUCAGAAAACAGAAAUAAGAUUAUCGAAGAAAGAAAGUAUUAACAAAAUAUGGAAUUUAGGGAAAAGAAGGAUGUGUGUAAUCUGGAGGCAGAUGAUUAAUGGACUUAGGUGGUUAUUUGUAUUAUUUCACAAUGCCCAAGCAGAAGGAGCUGGGAGGAUGACUUGUGUGGGUUUUUUUGCUUGUCUGUUUCUGUGUUUAAAUUUCCUAAGUCAUGGUGUAUCCAAAAAAAAGAAAACUGUGUUCUAGUUUGGCUUAGGUUUAAGGGUUUGGUUUUUUGU